CAGGUGCGUCCCGCGGCUGGGGCAGCCCGGGUGUAGAUGAGUCGCUCGCGUCCCGGGGCCGAGUGGCGUCCUGUGUGUAAGACCAGUUUCAUACACUCAGAGUCAACUUCAUGAAAGAAUGCCCCACAGGAUUCCUGAGGACAGCGAGCUCCUCCCACCCCAUGCCCCUCUGGAAGGGGAAGAUAGGGUUGGCAGGUACACUCCCAAACAGCGGGACGUGCGAAGCCCGCAGCGUGCGCCCCGCGAGACGCCGCGGGAGCCCCGAGUUUGCAGCUGCCUAGGGCAGUGAGAGAAGGAGGGACAGGCGUGCGUGCCAGUGUGCGCGUGGGUGUCUGAGCCCGCCUCUGCCUCCGACAAGCUGUGUGACCUUCGCCCAGUCCCUCGCCCUCUCUGGACUAGUGACAAAGUUGGAUUGAUGGUCUCUGUGAGGCCCCUUCUUGCUCCCGCGCUUUUUCAGGAGUUGAGUGUGUUUGAUAAAAGUUUCAGAGAUUAGGGAGGGCAUGUGUAAAUUGACGUGAGAAAAGAUAGCAGCACUUGAGGGGGGCCCUGCUUAAGAAAAGGCCUAGACACUUCAAAGGCAUGUGUCUGCAAAGAAGUGGCCUGCUUGGACAUGCGGGCAGUGUCCAAGGCUGGGAAUCAGAACACCGGGGUCCCAUCCACCCACCUCUACAGGCGGAGAGAUCACAGUUGUGAAUGCGCUUGGUAAACUGGCCAGUGGUGUGCCAGCAUGAGAAGCAUUAUUAUUCCUGUUGUUAUUAUUAAUGGAAAAUUCCUCUGCCUCCCUAAUAAGCUCACACCUUUCCUCCAUCUGCCUGUUAGCUGUGCUGAGGCCCCCAAGGUGGGGGGUGGGGGCAGGAAGAGUGACCAGGGGUGUGGAAGCAGUCAGGAGGGCACCAGGGUCAGGGAUGAGUGCAUGAACAGGUUUCAGGAUAAGCUGGCUGGCACUCCCAGUACGGGACAGCCAGGCUUAAGGACCCCAGCUUCCAGGUCAAGUUGCUCGGGACAACUUCUCCGCCCACCUGGUCCCAGCACAAAAUACCACACACACCUUCUCCUUUCAGGCUUGGAAGGGCAGGCAGGAAAUAGACGGGGCUUCCGUUUGGCUCUUUGGAGACUGAGGCUGUGAUUUGUAAAGCAGUUCUCACCUGUUAACUGACUGCUGGACAAGUUUACAAAGAGCACACACACUCGCCAGGGAGGAAAAACAGAGAGAAGAGGCACCUCUAAUGUCCCUCAGUCCUCAGUUCCCACCUCCCAUGUGGUACAUCUAAAGCAAAGAGCACCCGCCCCUGAGAUAAAGUUGUUAAAUAUCACCCUGUCUGGUCCCCAGUACAAAAAUCCAUAUCUAGCCUACUCAGAAUUGUGGGAGGACUGUGCCCUCCUUAGACCAAGGAUGACAAUAAUUCAGUUAGCUUAAAAUGCUUCAUAACUGACACCUCACUUAAGAAGGUUGUCUCUAGAUCACUCCUCCUAGGAAGCCGGACUUCCUGGGACUCUGCUAGUACUCAGAACAUUCUAGAGCUCUCUCCCAUCCUGCAGGCUUUCCCAGCCUACUUUCCUUCUCCUUCACAGCUCUUGUCUCAAUGUGCUGUUACUCGAAGGGUUAGUUAUCGCACUAUAUGCUUUGUGCUUACCUUCCCUGCCCAAAUGGGAGCUUCUGGAAGGUAGGGAGUGGAUCUGUGCGGUCACUCUGCUGUCACAAUACCUGGCACACAGGAGGAGCUCACUAAGAGUGGCUCAAUUUGUUAACUGGGUAAUAUGAAACACACUUGGUAGUGCAUCCCAAGUUGAUUAACUGUAGUGUUGAUUUUUAAAAGAGAAUAUGCAUCACAACAGCUCUUUGUGACUUGCAAGGGCCUUCUCAAAAUGUGAGUAAAGUAGUCAUGUGGCCAGGGCACACAAGACCAGACUAUCUAUCUAGAUCCUAAGUUGUCUACCCUGAUAAAUCACUGCAAACAUCUUAGGAAUUAAAGCAAAGCACACAUGAAUUAGAGUGUGAAACCCGUAUGCAUUUUCAAAAUAAAACAUGAGGCUUCACAGUGCAUCCCAACAGAACUUUUUUGUUGUGCUCCUGUCCCCAGGUGGAUGUGUGCACUCACUUCUGUUGUCAGGGAAGGUUUAAGAAGCAGAGGUCUCAUUUCAACCUCAUGCCUACCACGUGGGGAGUGCGAUUGUCAUGCCCCAGAUACUGGGGAGGAAACUACACUUCAGUGUUAAUAACAAUAGCAGCUGAAAUCAUCACAGGAGAGCAGGCUUGGCAGGUGUAUUAGUCUGGAAGGGCUGCAAUAACAAAAUACCACAGACCCGGUGGCUUAAACAACAAAUUUAUUUUCUCAGUGUUUGGGAGGCUACAAGUCCAAGAUCAAGGUGCUGUCCAGGUUGGUUCCUGGCGUGGCCUUUCUUACAGGCUUGUAGACAUCCACCUUCUUGCCGUGUCCUCACCUGACCUCUUUCUUCUCUGUGCACAUGUGAAGAAAGAGAGAGCUCUCUGGUGUCUCUUCCUGUUCUUAUAAGGACAUGGGUCCUAUCAGAUUAGGGCCUACCCCUUAUGACCUCAUUUCACCUUCAUUACCUCCCUAAAGGCCCUGUCUCCAAAUACAGUCCCAUUGGAAGGUUAGGGCUUCAACAUAUGAAUUUCAGGGGGUUGCACUCCUGUCCAGAGCAGCAGGGUUGGGUCACUGACAUGAACUUGCCCAGUCGUUUGCUGUGUAAGGGACGGAGCUAGGUUUGAACCAAAGCCCGGAUCUUAAGCUGACUACUCUGCUUCCGCUGUGGCCGGUGACCUGCGCACGCCCUGGAGCAAGGCCUGGACGCCAGGCUGUCCCCCUCCAGCUCCAGGUGCCUCCUCCACACCUCAGCUGUGCUGCUCAGAUCUUCAGCAGCGAUGGCAGCGCCAAAGCUCAGCACCAAAGUCAACCGACUUGAGAAUGAAACAAACCUGGGAAUUAGGAUUUCUCUCCUAACACGCGCUCGAGCAGCUGCUCCCUGAGCUCACGGGGCUGCUCAGCCUCCUGGACCAUGAGUACCUCAGUGACACUGCCCUGGAGAAGAAGAUGGCUGUGGCCUCCAUCCUGCAGAGCCUGCAGCCCCUCCCAGCCAAAGAAGUCUCCUACCUGUAUGUGAACACAGCGGACCUCCACUCCGGGCCCAGCUUCGUGGAGUCCCUCUUUGAAGAGUUCGACUGUGACCUGAGCGACCUCCGGGACAUGCCAGAGGAUGACGGGGAGCCCUGCAAAGGAGCCAGCCCUGAGCCAGCCAAGAGCCCGUCUCUGAGACACGCAGCUGACCUGCCUCCACCGCUUCCCCAAAGGCCUCCGCCCGAGGACUACUAUGAAGAGGCCCUUCCCCUGGGCCCGGGGAAGUCCCCUGAGUACAUCAGCUCCCACAGUGCCGCUCCUUCUACCAACCCCACAGAUGGCUGCAGCCCAGCCCACUCCAUCAUGGAUGGCUACUACGAGGAUGCAGACAGCAGCUACCCCACAACCAGGAUGAAUGGGGACCUAAAGAACUCCUACAAUGACUCUGACCCAAUGAGCAGCUCCUACGAGUCCUAUGAUGAGGAGGAGGAGGAAGGGAAAGGGCCACAGCCCACGCACCAGUGGCCCUCGGAGGAGGCCUCCAUGCACCUGGUGAGGGACAGCAGGAUAUGUGCCUUCCUGCUACGGAAAAAGCGCUUCGGGCAGUGGGCCAAGCAGCUGACCGUCAUCAAGGAGGACCAGCUCCUGUGUUACAAAAGCUCCAAGGACCGGCAGCCGCAUCUGAGGCUGGCGCUGGAUGUCUGCAGCGUCACCUACGUGCCCAAGGACAGCCGGCACAAGAGGCAUGAGCUGCGCUUCUCCCAGGGGGCUACCGAGGUCUUGGUGCUGGCACUGCAGAGCCGGGAGCAAGCCGAGGAGUGGCUGAAGGUCAUCCGAGAGGUGAGCAGGCCUGCCGGGGCGGCCGAGGGCACAGACGUGCCCCAAUCCCCAGUCCUCCUGUGCAAGCUGGACCUAGACAAGAGACUGUCCCAGGAGAAGCAGACCUCAGACUCGGACAGCCUGGGCGUGGGUAACAGCUGUUCUACUCUAGGCCGCCGGGAGGCCUGCGACCACGGCAAAGGGAAGAAGAGCAGUCUGGCAGAGCUGAAGGGUUCAAUGAGCAGGGCUGCGGGCCGCAAGAUCACCCGCAUCAUCAGCUUCUCCAAGAAGAAGCCGCUGGCUGAUGACCUGCAGACAUCCUGCCCCGACGAGGAGGUUCCAUGCUGUGGCUAUCUGAAUGUGCUGGUGAACCAGGGCUGGAAGGAACGCUGGUGCCUCCUGAAAUGCAACACUCUGUACUUCCACAAGGAUCACACAGACCUGCGGACCCAUGUGAAUGCCAUUGCUCUCCGUGGCUGUGAGGUGGCCCCAGGCUUUGGGCCCAGACAUCCAUUUGCCUUCAGGAUUCUGCGCAACCGGCAGGAGGUUGCCAUCUUGGAGGCAAACUGCUCAGAGGACAUGGGCCGCUGGCUUGGGCUGCUGUUGGUGGAGAUGGGUUCCAAAGUCACUCCCGAGGCACUGCACUAUGACUACGUGGACGUGGAGACCUUAACCAGCAUCGUCAGUGCAGGGCGCAACUCCUUCCUAUAUGCAAGAUCCUGCCAGGAUCAAUGGCCUGAGCCCCGUGUAUACGAUGAUGUUCCCUAUGAAAAGAUACAGGACGAGGAGCCCGAGCGUCCCGCGGGGGCCCAGGUGAAACGCCAUGCCUCCUCCUGCAGUGAGAAGUCCCAUCGAGUGGAUCCGCAGGUCAAAGUCAAGCGCCAUGCCUCCAGUGCCAAUCAAUACAAGUACGGCAAGAACCGAGCUGAGGAAGAUGCCCGGAGGUACCUGGUAGAAAAAGAGAAGCUGGAAAAAGAGAAGGAGACAAUCCGGACGGAGCUGAUGGCACUGAGGCAGGAGAAGAGGGAGCUGAAGGAAGCCAUUCGCAACAACCCAGGAGCAAAGUUAAAGGUUCUGGAGGAGGCCGUGGCUGCCCUGGAAGCUCAGUGUCGGGCAAAGGAGGAGCGCCGGAUCGACCUGGAGCUGCGACUGGUGGCUGUGAAGGAGCGCUUGCAGAGAUCCCUGGCAGGGGGCCCAGCCCUGGGGCUCUCCGUGGGCAGCAAGAACAAGAGUGGGGAAACUGCAAAUAAACCCCAGAACAAUGCCCCAGAGCAACCUCUCCCUGUCAACUGUAUUUCUGAGCUGAGGAAGAGAAGCCCAUCCAUCGUAACCUCCAACCAAGGAAGGGUGCUACAGAAAGCCAAGGAAUGGGAAAUGAAGAAGACCUAGAAAAAGGAUGAAGAUUUCAUUCCAAAGGAAAUACAAGAUUGUAUUGGAAACACUUUUUUCACAAGGAGAUGCCAGAACACUGGAAGUAGCCCCCACUGGAAGUAGCCUCUCCAGGGCACCCAAGAGACCAGCCUUUAUUGUCUGCAUGAUUACAGGGGAUAUGGGGAGGGAAGAAGUGGAAGGGAAGAGGGACAUGGAGGGUGUCCUUGUCACUUCCCAGAGGGUGGAAAACAGGGGUGGAGGGAGAUAGAAAUCUGCACGGUUGUAAAGGUUUUGUUAAAUGUCUUUGCCCUCACUGCUGAAGAAGAAAUGAAAGCACAUGUGAAUAAGCCAUUCCAUCCCAUUCUAGCGUCCCACUCCCAGGCUGUAGGUCAGAGGAAGACAGUGCUUGAAGCAUCGGUAGGUAGUACCGUACAAAGAGACAAGCCUUGAUCAUCUGCUCACACUUGUGCCAUUUGGAUUCAUAUUGGGCAUCCGUGACAACCUCUGGGCAACAUAAAGAGGCCAAAAAAAUCAACAGAAUUUCCCUGCCUGCGUAAAGGUGAACAAAAGCUACAGACAACAUGCAAAUUCUGCAAUCAUUCCUUAUGUGCUUCAGAACUGGGCAGAUGUGGCUACCAGAACCCCGCAUUUGAGUUGUUUUCAAAUUAGAGAUCUGAUACGCAGCAGGCGAGGGGAGGUUCAGCAGCGGACUUAUUUUCAGGUCACAGUGAGAGACAGGAACGUGGAUUUCUAACGUCCACAGGAUGUUGCAGGCAUUGGAGGGUGGGGUCAUUUGUGGUCAGUCAGGUCCUUUACCUAUUUCAUAUGACACUCAGGCUCCAGGAGCUAGGGCUAGAAAUCCAACUGAUGCUCAGUAUGUCUUUAUCUUGAUUUUGCACUUGAGGGUUCUCCAGUCUGCACUUCAUAUCUGCUGUCAGGGAGAACCAAAGGACAGUGGCUCAUUUCUGCCAGGAGUGCCUUUUACUAACACUUCAUACUUUUAUAGGGAAGCAAGAACCUCAAGUCUUGGGCACUCCCCUUACUGUGCCACUCAUUACUUUCUCAAGACUGUAGGCACUUUUUAGGUCUUUACAUUUCCUUCCAAAAGAGAGAAAACCUGUUAACUGUUAAGAGCUCAAAGGUUACUCCAGGAGAGAGAAAGAAAAUCCCAGAAUAACCUUUGGACACUUUGCUGGAGGUUUCACGUACUUUACCCUACCUAGGGCUUUACAUACUUUUGCCUUAUCCCAACUUUACCACUCUUUGAGGUAGCUGGAGACCAGAACAGGGAAAAUAACCUGACCAAAAUCACCUAGCUGGUCAGAGGCAGAGCAAAAGGCUUAGGGCCUAUGAGCCUGGAUCCACACAGGGCUGGGUUUGAGCCCUGCCUCUGCCACUAACCAGCUGGUGAGUCUGGGAAAGUCACUUGAUCUCUCUGAUUCUUGUUUUCUUUAUCUGUGAAACCCAGGUUGACAGUUCCAUUUUCCUCCCAAGACUAUUGGGGAAACUCAAUGAGAUAGUAUAUGGGAAACAUCUUGCACACUGUCUGAGAAAUAGGAAAUGCUCAGUCGAUAGUGGCUCUUAUUAUUAGCUAGAUAAGAAAUGUCUGACUAAAACUCCCGUGUUCUUUCCACUGAAGAAAUGUUUAUAUGGUAAUCAAAGCCAUCAAAAAGCUAAAAAACAA